GCCCCCCCCGCGGCCAUGAGCGCGGCCGGGCUCGUGUCCGCUCCCCCCGCCGCCCCGCCGGGGCCGCCCGCCCCCGCCAUGGCCCCCGCGCCCGACUACUACGAGGAGGAGGAGCUGGAGAGCGCCGAGGAGGAGGACGGCGAGCGCAGCGCCCGGGCCCGCGACUCCGAUGAGGACACUGAGGAUGCCAGUGAGACUGACCUGGCCAAGCACGACGAGGAGGACUUUGUAGAAAUGAAAGAACAGAUGUAUCAGGACAAACUGGCAUCUCUGAAGAGGCAGUUGCAGCAAUUGCAGGAAGGUACUCUUCAGGAAUACCAGAAAAGAAUGAAGAAGUUGGACCAGCAGUACAAAGAAAGGAUACGAAAUGCAGAACUGUUCCUGCAGCUGGAAACAGAUCAGGUGGAGAAAAAUUAUGUGAAGGAAAAGAAGGCAGCAGCAAAGGAGUUUGAAGAUAAGAAAAUUGAGCUUAAGGAAAAUCUGAUUGCGGAGCUGGAAGAGAAGAAGAAGAUGAUUGAGAAUGAAAAGCUAACCAUGGAAUUAACAGGGGAUUCAAUGGAAGUGAAGCCUAUUAUGACAAGGAAACUGAGGCGACGACCAAAUGAUCCAGUUCCCAUCCCAGACAAGAGGAGGAAACCUGCCCCUGCUCAGCUAAAUUAUUUGUUGACUGAUGAGCAAAUAAUGGAGGACCUGAGAACGCUGAAUAAGCUUAAAUCACCCAAGAGACCAGCCUCCCCCUCCUCUCCUGAGCACCUCCCAGCUACACCAGCAGAGUCUCCUGCACAGCGGUUCGAAGCCCGGAUAGAAGAUGGAAAACUCUACUAUGAUAAGAGAUGGUACCACAAGAGCCAGGCUAUUUACCUGGAGUCUAAAGACAACACGAAGAUCAGCUGUGUGAUCAGCUCUGUGGGCGCCAACGAGGUGAUCUGGGUGAGGAAAACCAGCGACAGCACAAAGAUGAGGAUCUACCUGGGGCAGCUGCAGCGAGGUGUGUUCGUGAUCCGCCGGCGAUCGGCUGCGUGAGCGGGAGCUCCUCCCUGGGCCUUCUUUUUGGGUUUUUUUUAACUGAUCACCAAACCUCUGCUGAGGGGUGUCAGGCUGCUCACUCUUCCCAGCAGCACAGAACAAUGUCAUGACCUCUGAUGAGACCGUUUGUGGCUGGCCACAUGAUCCCCAGUAGCCCUUAAAUCUUUAGCGAUGCCCAAGCACUGCCCUGGACUAUUUCUGGAUUUUUGCAUCAAGCUUCUCUAUGCUCUCUUUGUAUUUGGGGUGACUGUUUAACAAGACUUUGCAUCAUACUUUUGUCAUCGUCGUUCUGUGGUGCACAGAUGGGACUCGUAUGUCAAAACAGUGUCACGUCUCUGUUUGAAGUCAGACCAGUGGAAGAAGCUUUGCUUGUCAAGACCUGAGGUUGUUUGUUCUUUUUGGCCUUGUUUUCCUGCAAGGCUCAGGGUGCUGGGCAGAAGGAGAUGAAUCCUGCCAGGUUUCAGCUGCAGCUGAAGAGAAGCCUCCAGAACACCUGGUGCACAGCAUCAAGUUUAUUGGGUGAACUCUUCAAAGACUUGAGUGCUGAGGCUUUUUUUGGACGGUGUGAACAGCUUAGAAACUGCUGAAAAUACAGUGAUUUUAAUGUAGUUAAGCAGUCACGCGUGGUUAGUCAGAAGCUUCCGUUUCUCUUCACAUUAAAAAACCCUUCAAUGAACAAGCAGAGUAUGUCUAUUUGCUGAAAUAGAUUACCUGGAAUAGGUGGAUGACUAUAAAUUAAAGGAAUAAUUACCUGGA